CAACUUUGUCUCAUGAAAGCAAUGUAUGUUCAUCAUGUCUAUUAUGUUUACCUUCACACAACCAACUCGGCUUGUCCCUCAUUCUAUCCCUCGCUCCUCGACAUUCAUACUACCACAUGCUCUUCUAUGUGUGGUAUUGAUCAGUCUCUCUAUACGCUCUACGGAUUGCCUUCCCCCGACACUGGAACCAACGCGGUAACAUCAUCAUACGUACUUAUUAUUCCCGCGAUGGAUGCAAGACAAGGCACGCAGAACGAGGAACGAGGGACUAGAAACAUGGGAAAUCGCCUUCCCAACUCUAUCCCGAGCUCUUUGUUUCCCUAUGUUUCUCGCAAUACAUGGACAAGAUCCGUCUUUACCUGUCAGGAAUUAGUUGUAACGAAACUGAUACAGAAAAGCAGUCUCGACUUUGUCGCCUAGACGUGCUGAAAAAGAAGCCAGUCGCGCACCCUUCGACUACCACACACCCGCUCCGCCCCGAAAUCCACAUCUACGUCGUCUACGGUCCAAUAAUAUUUUCCUCCUGUCACCGCCAACAUGGCUGAGGGAGAGCCAGACUACAACUCUCUGCCGCUAACAGACAGAUGGGUACAUAAGGUUUGGAAAGCUCGCAAGCAAGCGUAUGAAGAAGCAGCAAAACAGUUUGAACUUACUCCAGAUGAACACGAUCCCGCAUUUCGGCCAUUCAACCAAGAUCCCAGUCUAUGGAAAGGCGCUGUGGCGGAUUCGAACGUUGCCGCGCAAUCGGAUGGCAUCGCUGCAUACUGCGCAUUCCUUAAAUUCGGUGGGAAAGAAAAUUGUGUACGUUCGCGAGGCCAAGUAGUUACCCCCAUCGUCGAAAAGGGCCUUGUGUCUACAAGGCCGGCUACCAAGGCGUCUUCGGUCGAGGCCCUAUUGCUGCUCAUAGAGCUCGAUGUCGCCGGCCCCAUAGUCGAGGACAUCCUCCCGGCCAUAUCCGCAAAGCAACCGAAGGUCAUUGCAGCCGCCUUAGCAGCGCUGACCACCAUCUUCCACAACUACGGUUGCAAAAUAGCCGACCCGAAGCCUGUUCUUAAGAUCCUUCCCAAGGCAUUUGGACAUGCGGACAAGAACGUACGAGCCGAGGCUACUAAUUUGGCGGUCGAGUUCUACCGAUGGCUGAGGGACGCGAUGAAGCCCAUGUUCUGGGGCGAUUUGAAGUCGACCCAGCAGUCCGACCUAGAAGCACAAUUCGAAAAAAUCAAGGCAGAACCGCCGCCGAAACAAGAACGUCUCUUGCGAUCCCAGCAGGCGGCCAUGGCUCGCGCACCUCCUCCAGGGGCCGAGGGAGAGGAUGUGGACGAAGACGACGGAGCUGACGAGCCGGCCGAAGUCGACGCGUUUGACCUUGCAGAGCCCCAAGACGUCUUAUCAAAGGUACCCGCCAAUUUUCACGACAACCUCGCCUCUUCAAAAUGGAAAGACCGCAAGGAGGCUCUCGAGGCAAUUUACGCUGUUCUCAACGUACCAAGAAUCAAAGAUGGUGACUUUGGCGAGAUCAACCGUGGUUUUGCCAAGUGCAUGAAAGAUGCCAACAUUGCCGUGGUAACUCAGGCAGCUCAGUGCAUCGAGGUACUCGCCAAAGGUCUUCGAAAAGGCUACGGCAAGUAUCGGUCCGUCGUCAUGGCGCCCAUCAUGGAGCGGUUAAAGGAGAAGAAGCAGAGCGUUGCAGAUGCACUAGGUGUUGCUUUAGAUUCAGUAUUCCUUUCUACAAGCCUGUCCGAAUGUCUAGAGGAUAUCUUCUCGUUUCUCAGCCAUAAGAACCCGCAGGUCAAGGAGGGGACUGUGAAAUUUCUUGUCCGGUGUCUAAGGACAACCAGGGAGCCUCCUAGCAAACAAGAGGUCGCUGGUAUGGUUGAAGCAGCGAAGAAACUACUCUCGGAAUCGAGCGAGGGUUUAAGAUCCGGCGGCGCUGAGGUUCUAGGUACGGUCAUGAAGAUUAUUGGCGAACGUGCCAUGAACCCUCAUCUCGAAGGCCUAGACGAUAUCCGAAAGAACAAAAUCAAGGAAUACUUCGACAAAGCCGAAGUCAAGGCUAAAGAUAAGCCUAAGCCAGCUCCGGCUCCGGCUGCGCGAGGCCCACCCGGCGGUCCGAAAAAGAUCGUUGGCGGUGGUAAGAAAGCCCCCGGUGCCACGAAGAAGGCUGCUCCUGCUACUUCUGCACCCCCUCAGCCCGUGUCGGAGUCCGCCCCCACGGCGCAACAGGCAUCUCGACCCGCUGCGGGCAGCAAGCUUGGCAUGCCUAAAACAUCCGGCCUGACCGGGCUCAAAGCGCCGCAGAGACGUAUCGGUACCCCGGGUGUCGCAUCCCCCCGACGAGCACCAGCUGCCGCAGCCCCUCCGCCGCCUCCCGUGGAGGAUGAAGAACCCCUAGUAUCGUCACCUCCGCCGAAACCGCGAAUUGGGCUCGGGCGAGGUGGUCUUGCUGCACGGUCGUUAACAAAACCUGCGGCAACCCCCGCGGCAGCUCCUUCGGCGCCCUCGCCGCCUCCAUCCAGCGGCCUCACGGCCAUGGAGCGCGCGGAGCUUGAGGAGCUGCGCGCGGCCAACGAUCGACUCACCAAGCAGGUAGAUGAGAUGCGACAUGAGCGAAAUAAACUCGUUUCAGAAGUCCAAGAGCUCAAAAACCAGAAUGCCGGUCUUAUUGAGGACCACACGCGAGACGUGCUUAGCAUCAAGGCCAAAGAGACCCAGCUAGUCAGAGCGAGAAGCGAUGCGGAAGCAACCGAGCAAACCAACGAGAGGCUCCGACGGGAACUAGAACGCCUCAAACGCGCACUUAGCAGAGCCGAGGGUCUGGGCAUAUCUGGGGGUGUCGUCAGUCCAGGAAUGACGAGCCCUACACCAGAUGACGUGGGUAUAUAUCGCGACGGUGCAAACUACUCGGGUUCCAGAAACAACAGGAUGAGUUUCACCAGCACUCUGUCGGAAGAGAAGGAGAAUGGCGACGUGCCCCACAACUACCCGAGAAGCAAGCUAAGCCCAGAUUUAAGGUAUAAUAGCGGAUCGAGUGGUAGGGGAAGCCCUGCUCGCGGCUUCAGGAGCGCGCCAAUAGAGGAAGGAGUUGGUCACGGCACCGGAUCCGGUAUGAGUUCGGCCCCAGCUGGAACCGGUGGUAAUGGCGUGGAGAGUUGGAAGAGGGCAGCAGAAGUUACGAGCCAGCUCAAGGCCAGAAUAGAGCAGAUGAAGGCCAAACAAGGGUUUAACCGACCGUAAAGUCGGAUACGUCCAGGAGUCUGGUCGUCACGAAAAGGCGUUGGUUAGGAGACGAAAGUUGAAAAACGGGGGUGGGAAUCAGGGUCAUGUCUGCUUGAUCGAGUGCAUUUUCGUGGCGUCGGUUACAUACCCCAGCUUAUUUCGUCCGCUACUAAAGAAUUCGGGAAUGUCAUGAUAAUUACUUAGGUAUUCUUAGACUUAAUUACCCCGGGCUUCAGACGGGGGCGUGUUCGUACAACCCGUUCAUAAUGAUGGAAGUCUAGGCCCCUUUUCGUGAUCGGUGGUUGAGGGUGACAGGUCCAGGCAACUACCACGGUGACCUGAUAAGUAACAAUGUUCGCUCUAAAGGCUUUAUAUUUUUAAACAUC